AUGGUUUGUGAAAAACUUCUUUUGGGUACGGUUACCAACACUCCCUCUCUUCCCUCUAUUAACUUCUCCACAACUCCUCGGUUUCCUCCAUCAUCUUUACUGCUUCUCUUCCCUCAAAAGCCUGAAACUAACCAAAUAAGGAAGAAAACCAUUGCUAAAAGGCCUCCUCAUGAAAAAGUUUACAAGCUUCCCACAAAACCUUCAACUCGCUCCCAAGACCAAACCUUCACUCCCUCUCCUUCUCCUCCUACCUCACCUCCUCGGACUGAUCCUAUGGCAUGCACUAAAAACCCAUCUAGGGUUCCAUCUUCAGCCAAGCCAACUCCUCCUCAAAAGGAACCUCCUUCAAGGCCUGGAUCAUCAAAGCCGAGUUCUUCAAAAGGGAAAAGACCAGCAGCGCCUGAACCUACCUCUGAGCCCCAUCAACCCAAGUCGAGGUCUGUUCCAUUACGUUCUCAGUGA